AAUUCAACAAUCAGAAACUUAUCAAUUGUCAAUUGUCAAUCCAAAAUGAUUAAAUUGAUUUCUUUUAUAAUAAUUUUGGUUAGUUUUUCCAUUUCAUCUGGUUCAACAAUACCGGAUGAACGAUGGAUUGAUUUUAAGAAAACUUAUGAUCGAAAAUAUGAAACGUUAGAAGAAGAACAAUAUCGUAGAGAUAUUUUCCUAAAAAAUUUAGAUUUGAUUGAUCACCAUAAUCGGGAAAAAUUUUCGAAAGGUCUUUCAACAUAUGAAUUAUCAGUGAAUCAAUUUGCCGAUAUGACUGAGGAUGAAUUUCGUUCAAGUCAUCUUGGUUAUCUUGGUGAUCGUGUGAAAACACCAUCUAAUAAUGAAUAUACAAUGAAUGAUGUCGAAUCGCUACCAGCCGAAAUUGAUUGGACUAAAAAAGGGGUGGUAACCAGUGUUAAAAAUCAACAUACAUGCGGUUCAUGUUAUGCAUUUAGUGCAGUAUCAUCAAUUGAAGGUCAACAUGCAUUAAAAACAGGAAAAUUGAUCGAAUUAUCUGCGCAAAAUAUAAUCGAUUGUAGUAAGCCAGAAGGUAAUCAUGGUUGUCACGGUGGAAAUAUGGAUAAAGCAUUCAAAAUGGUUAUAAAAAAUAAUGGUAUUGAUACAGAAAAAUCAUAUCCAUAUGAAGCCAUUGCAAGGGAAUGUCGACAAUCACAAAAAAAUAAAACAAUCGGUGCAACAAUUCAUAGCUAUGUUGAUAUUCGAAGAGGCGAUGAACAUGCAUUACAAUCGGCUGUAACAAAAAUUGGACCAAUAUCUGUUGCAAUCGAUUCAUCUGGACAUUUUCAUCAAUACAAAUCCGGCAUUUAUGAUAAUGAAGAUUGUUCACCCGUUCAUCUUACUCAUGCUGUUACAGUAGUCGGUUAUGGAGAAUUAAAUGGAAAACAAUAUUGGAAAAUUAAAAAUUCCUGGGGUAAAGAUUGGGGUAUCAAUGGUUAUGGAUUUAUGUCACGUAAUAAAAAUAAUCAAUGUGGUAUUGCUACAAUGGCAAGUUAUCCAGUUGUUUAGAUUUGCAAAAAACAAAAUAAAAACAAUU